CCUCUCCUCCUGCCUUGUGUCUGUGAGCUCCCAUUUCUGCCUGCCUGGCCUGUGCCUCUCUGUCUGUCUCACGUCCUCUCCUGAGUCUCACACUCUGUGGCGACAAUGAGUUUCCAAAAAACCACAACUACAUACUCCAUGCGCUCCUCUGCUGGGAGCAGAGCUCCUUCUAUGUCCAUGGUCCGGGCCUCUGCAGCCCCAGUCUACAGGGCUGCCAGCAUCCAUGGUGGCGCCGGUGGACACGGGUCCCGCAUCUCCUCCUCUGGAAUCCGCGGGGGAGGCUUCUCCAGCAACAUCCAGGUGAGUGGCAGCGGGGAGACCACCAACAUCAUGGGCAAUGAGAAGUUUGCCAUGCAGAACUUGAACGACCGCCUGGCCAACUACCUGGAGACGGUGAGGAACCUGGAGCAGGCCAACCACAAGCUGGAGCUUAAGAUCAAGGAGGCCCUGGAGAAGAGCGGACCUGACUUCAGAGACUACAGCAAGUACCAGGCGAUCCUGGACGACCUGAGGAGGAAGGUGUUUGAUGCUACCGUUGACAACGCCCGUCUGGUGCUGAACAUCGACAAUGCCCGCCUUGCAGCCGAUGACUUCAGAGUAAAGUAUGAGUCUGAGCUGUCCAUCCGCCAGUCUGUGGAGGCUGACAUUGUUGGCCUGAGGAAGGUCAUCGAUGACACCAACAUGGGCCGUAUGAACCUGGAGAGCGAGAUCGAAGCUCUGAAGGAGGAGCUCAUCCACCUGAAGAAGAACCACGACAACGAGGUGAUGGAGCUUCGUAACCAGAUCGCCCAGUCAGGCGUCCAGGUGGACGUUGAUGCUCCUAAAGGACAGGACCUGUCUCAGAUCAUGGCAGAGAUGAGGGCCAAGUAUGAGAAGAUGGCACAGAAGAACCAGGAGGAGCUCAAAGCAUGGCAUGAAUCACAGAUAACAGAAGUACAGACUCAGGUCACCCAGAACACAGAGGCCCUGAAGGGUGCCCAGACAGAGGUCAAUGACCUGCGCAGACAGCUGCAGACCUUGGAGAUUGAACUGGAGUCACAGAAGAGCCUGAAAGCGUCUCUGGAGGGCACAUUGAGGGACACAGAGCUGCGUUAUAACAUGGAGAUCGAGUCUCUCAACGGCAUCAUCCUUGGUCUGGAGGCAGAGCUCACACAGCUGCGCAAUAAUAUCCAGCAGCAGACACAGGAAUACGAGGUCCUGCUCAACAUGAAGAUGAAGCUGGAGGCUGAAAUCGCAACAUACAGGCGGCUGCUGGACGGUGGAGACUUCAAGCUCCAGGACGCUUUGGAGGACCAGAAAACAGUGAAGACCAAAGUGAUGACCGUCACACAGACCCUGGUGGACGGCAAGGUGGUUUCCUCAAGCACAGAGACCAAGAACCUCUGAAGACCUGGACAUCAGCCGAAAGUCAGCGUCUCUCCAUCACAACACUAACUACCACUGGCUAAAAUCCAUCUUGAUCAAAACUUGUUUCAAUUGGUUCUUCUCUCUUCAUCUUGCAACACUAACCUUAAAAAUAAAAGCUGUUACUGCCGUUGGUUGUAACCACUUCCUGGUUAUACAGCACUAACACUCAAUUGGCUGAUACAAACUGGAUUAGAGGAAAACUAAUUCAUCUUUUAUUUAUUUCAUCAUCAUUGUCUUUUUCUUAUGUGUUUGUGUGUUGACCUUAUCCGUUAAGGAGUACGUUUACAAAUGGUCAGAAUUGGACAACUUUGAGCUUUUUUUUUUUUUAACC